AUGUUCCGACUGUUCUUACCACCUUCGCUCAUCUUCUUCUGCAUGCUUCUCACCUCGCUGAUCAGUCUGCCGCAGGUGUCCGUGGCGACAGUCCUAGUGGCACGGUCUGUUGGGCUUUGCUUUGUUGCGAUGGGGGAAUAUUUUCUUUUCAGCAAUGCCAAAGACAUGGCACAGAAGACUGGGCUCAUGAAAGUGGGGCUUGCCAUCAUAGUGGUGGGUGCUGGCAUCUAUGGUGCAACGGACGUCACGUAUGCCGCACAAGGAUAUUCCUGGCUUUGCAUAAACUCGCUGCUCAACAUUACGUGCCAACUCUGGGAGAAGCGUGCGAUUUGCAAAGCGGUCAACCAAACUGCCGAAGGCCUUGCUAUAGUGCAGAAUACGCUGGUGAUCCCAAUUGCCUUGUCGAUGCUUCUCUACACGAAAGAGACUCCUAUUAAGACCAUCUCCACUGCACCGACCAGUAUACAACUCUUUGUCUUUCUCUCUGCGACACUUGGAUUUCUGAUAAACUUGAGCUACGUGCGGGUGAACCUGAGCUUCCAGGUAACCUCCAUCGCAGUGGCUAGCUCCCUCAGUCGUGUUGUGGCCUUGCUGAUUGGUUCAAGACUCUUCGGCGAGGCCAUGACACACAUUCAAGUAUUUGGCGCUUCGGUGUGCCUCUUCGGUUCCGCUGUUUACAGCAGCGUCCCCGUGAAGCUUGCCUUGCCGGUGACAUUGGUGGCGCUGGUGGGAGUUCUCGGGAUGCAGAUGGACGGUCUUCCUCUUCCAUACUCUUUGAGUCCUGACCUCGCGUUACGCGUCGUGGAAGAAGGCAACGAAACAGUGGUGGUGGACCUGGCCAUGCAGUCUCCGCCAUGUGCGCGGAGCAAGCUGGACUCACUGGAUGUGACUCUCGGACGCUUUCCUCUGAAGUAUUGCUUCAUGCCUCCACGAGGACGUGCCUCCCAAGGUUUUCUUGAGGGUCCGCUCUCGAAGGUUGCAUGCUGCUCCGGGCAAAAGGAUGCGAAUGCGUGCUUCGACAAUUUUUGGACCCACGACAGGUGUUGCAAAGAUGCCGAGAAAUCAAGGCAAUCUGAACUUGAAGCCUUGUCUUGCGCGAAGAAGAUGCGGAGAGCGCUCGCCCAAUGUAUGCUGGACGGGCGAAGUCUCGGCGGCUGCAAGGUGCAAGGUGACGUGUGCCAAUGCCCCGCGAUCAUGUUCAACGCCCAGGCCUCGGCGCACAAGGUCAAUGAGCUGAGCAACGACUUCAACCGUGUUCUCUGGUGUCUCACAGACUUCAACACCACGUAUGUCAUCGACCAUUUCAUGGCCCAAGGCCAUACGGCUCAUGUUUUGGCACACGGGCUGCAGGCGCAUGUAGAGCAUUGGCAACUGGGAGGCUUCGAAAUGCAGGCCCACCUCAGCCAAAAUGCUGCUGACAGCCUCCAGGCCUUCGGCUCAGUGGUGCAUACGACUUCUGAGCAAUGCACCCAAAUACAAGCGCGGAGCGGCCAGCACUCUCUGGUCAUCACUGGGCGUGCACCCAGGACUCUUGAGGAGGCCUCUUGCUUGCAGCUGCUUUGCCCACGCGAUGCAGACCUGGUGGUUUUAGAUCCAGAUUACCAGGUGCUCAUGCAGGAGGAAUUACUUCUGCUGGAACGUCUCUGCCAUCCGAGGAUCUAUGCCGUGAACAAUGUCAACCUCGCUGCACAUGGAGGAUGGAUCAAGGAAUACUUGCUCAACCUGGAUUUCGUAGAAGUGGCUCGAGGCUCCAGCCCGGACUUCAAUGCCCAGGCCAACGCGGAUGCAGGCAAAGGGAACCUUAGCAGUGGGAAG